AGAAACAAAGAAAACAAAGAAAAGACUAUUUCAUGUCAAAAUGAAAACUGAUUUUUGCCAAACAGUGUCAAUUAAUUAAAAACUGAAAAUAAGUAUUCACUCCCAUUUCGUCAGUAUGUAGUAGAUGCACCUUUGGCUGCAAUUGCAUCAUUGAGAGUUAGACACCAGAAACUGUAUGUUCAGCAAGAAGUAAACUGUCAAAAAGCUUCUUCCCAUUUACAUUUCAAAGAGUGACUGUCAGCUGAAGGCAGGGUGAUGUGCCAUACAGUUUGUGGUUAAUGGGCUGAGUUCAGAGAAGUAUAAAAAAAGGUGUAUAGCUUCCCCUCAUGCCCCACAAUAACACCACAUGCAGUUUUAAAAAAAGAUCAGCUGUGAAUUGAACAAAAAAAGUAUGGAAACUUUGGUUUUACAUGUAAUUUUGGUUUUAGUUCAACGUACUUUACAUUCUGUCAUCCGUACAUGAAGUAAUGUCUUCUGAAAUCAUAACCAUAUUUUACAUAAUCUUGACAUAUUGUGAAUCUUUUCAAUUCCUCUACACACGCAUUGUAAACAAUAAGAAACAUUUUGAUUGCCAUUCAACACAGCAUCAGGUCUUGUCAAGAUAUUUAACAUGUUUGCAAGUUCUUUCAAUUCCUUAAACCUUCCGUCACUUUUCAGCACAAAUCAGCAGUUCAAAUUCAUGCUGAGAAGACACGCAUCUGACUGUGGUUUACCAACACAUUUCCUGUUGCUUCAACAAGAAAAAAAGCAGAUGAACAGGAAAAGCUGUUCUCCUGAGGUGCGUUUAGAAAUGAAUUUGUCACACACGCCCAACUCAACUGCAGUUUGUUUCCUUUAAUGAGCUUCGCUGCACAGCAGAUAUGACUCAAGUCAGCAACGCAGACUCUUCAUGUAAGGUUCGAUGGAAAAUGUGGCUUUUCAAGGUCUUCAUUGUCACAUAUCUGACUGCUGUUUGUGCUGCUCAGGAUGAACCGGAUGCCACCUUCGUACCCACGUAUGCCCCUCCAGUCACUGCUCAGCAGGAAGUGAUCACUCGCUAUGUGCCUCCUGUACCAAUACUGCAGCAAAAUUCAGGCUGGUUGGAAGUCUUCCCUUCUGAGAAAGUGGAGUUUAGUUGUUCUAUUAGUGAUAGCUCUGACUGGACCUUCAUCUGGUACAAAAAUGGAGACAAAAUGGAUGCAGAUGCAAAUUUGGCUUUCUCUGGAGAUGGAAUGGUGCUUACAAUCACUGCACCAACAAAUUCAGGAAAAUAUACCUGUAAAGGUCAGCACAAAACAAAAGGUGUCACAACUGAAAGUAGUAACUCCCUCGAACUCAAAGUUCAUGCAAACCGGCCCAAGCCCAAGGUGAGCCGAAGUUCAAACUAUCAGGAGAUGUUCCGUGGAGAAUCUAUCACCUUCCAAUGCUCGGUCGAUGUGUCCGUUGGAUGGGAAUAUCUGUGGUACCGUAAUGGACAAGAAAUUCCUGCAGCUAACGACAAUAAGUAUACAAUAACGUCUGUGACUCACUCUGACAAUGGAAAGUACCGCUGCAAAUCCAAGAGGGGAAAAGACAAAUUCUUCACAGAGGAGAGUGAACCUACACUUCUUCGUAUCUCUGACCCACCUACACCAACUCUGAAGCUGCUCAGUACCUGGUCAGAUGUGUUUGUUAACGAGACAGUGGAGUUCGGAUGUGAAGUCAGCAGCUCUGACUGGACGUUCACAUGGUACAGAAAUAAUGUGAAGCUCCAAGAGGACGCAUACACGAUCGUGGAUGAAGAGGGAUUAACGCUCAACAUCACAGUCACCACAGCACAUCGAGGAGACUAUACCUGCAGAGCUCACCACAUAUCCAGAAACGUCGCCUCUGAAUCCAGUAACAGCGUUACCAUCAAAGUCUAUGAUAAUGUACCGACAGCAACACUGAGCAAGGAUGGUUUCAACCCAAUGUAUGUCGGAGAAACAGUGAACUUCACUUGCAAAGUUACUGUGUCCUCUGGCUGGACGUAUCAGUGGUACAAGGAUGAAAAUGAGCUACCUGACACUAGCGAAACCAUCAGCGUCUUUCUUGGUCUUUCUGACAAAGGGAGUUAUUCUUGCAGGGGCAUCAGAGGGGACGUGCCAACAACAACAAACUCUAGUGAGAAAACACAACAAGAUGUUCUUGAAAUCCCUGUUCCAUCUUUGAAGAAAGUAACCCAGUGGUUGGAUGUGUUCCCCACUGAGGGUGUGGAGCUGAGCUGUGAGAUGCAAAGUGGCUCAGGCUGGACAUAUACAUGGUACAAAGAUAAAGUGGAGGUCCAGGCUAAUAAUACAGUGCUUUUUGGCUUGAAUAGAGCAACUCUUUUCAUCAACUCUACUGUAUCGGAUAAACAUAACGGACUAUAUGAGUGUAAAGGCCAUCUCCAGGACAGGACUGUCAAAAGCAUCUCAAGUUCUCCGCUUCGUCUCAUGGUGUAUGAUAAGAAACCAGAUGUCAUACUGACACAGGACCCUGAGUACAAGGUGAUGUUUCCUGGAGAAUCCGUCUCCUUCAGCUGUCACAUUAAUGUCUCCUCUGGAUGGGAGUACCUGUGGUUCAAAGAUGGCAGUCCACUUGUUGGAUCAGAAAGCAAAUAUCCUAUCAACCCUGUUGGAGCAACAAGUGGAGGAUCAUAUACAUGCCGAGUUAAAAGAGGCAGUAAUCGCAACUUCACCACUGAUUCAAGUCAGGCUUUACAUCUUGAGGUUGACGAGAAAAAGCCAAAGCCCUUGAUGACUCAACAGCCAGAUGCUGAUAAGCUCUACACUGGAGAGCCAGUGUCCUUUGAAUGCAAAGUUACAAUCUCAUCUGGUUGGACCUAUCACUGGUACAAAGAUGGAGCAUCUCUCCUUAGCGACAGCAGCAGUUUCCGAAUUGAUAAUGCCACUUUACUGAACAAUGGGAAUUAUGAGUGCAAGGCCAUAAGAAGCAGAACAAUGUUCAACACAGAGCGCAGUGAUGGACGGACUUUACUCAUAUCUGAAAUCCCUGUUCCAUCUUUAAAGAAGGUAACCCAGUGGUUGGAUGUGUUCCCCACUGAGGGUGUGAAGUUUAGCUGUGAGAUGCCUACCAGCUCUGACUGGACAUAUACGUGGUACAAAGAUACAAAGGUCCAGACUAAUGCGAGUAUGACUUAUGGCCAAGACAAAUCUACUCUUACUAUCCAUUCUGCUUCACCCUCGCACCGCGGAAAUUACAGUUGCUCGGCAAAACUGAAGAUCAGAUCUGUCAAGACCAGCCGCAGUUCUGAACUAAGACUGGAUGUUUAUGAUACAAAACCCCAAGUUACACUGAUGCAGACUCCUGAGCACAGUUUGAUGCACACUGAAGAUGAGGUCUCCUUCAGCUGUCACAUUAAUGUCUCCUCUGGAUGGGAGUUCCUGUGGUUCAAAGACGGCAAUAAACUUCACAUUUCUGAACUCAGUCAUAGCAUCGGUUCUGUCACGAGGGCAAACGCUGGAUUAUAUAAAUGCGAGGCUAGAAGAGGAACAGAAAUGGUCUUCAACAAAACUAGUCAGGAUCUCAAGCUUGACAUUGAAGAGCGCCCACAGGCUAGUAUAACCCUGUUAACUGGAUGGGGUGAAGCCUUCUCUACUGACAGUUUGGUGUUCCAGUGUGAAGUGACGGAUGGCCAAUACACGGAUUGGAAUUACACAUGGUUCAGAGAGGACAAGCCGAUCAACACGUCUCGCUCUGUGAAAUACAAAGUCACACCGAGCAAUGAUCCAGACCAGAGCUCGUACAAGUGUCAGGGCAUUCGUACUGGGAGACCGACAUAUUCCAAAAUAAGUACAUCUCACAAGACGAAAAACCUACUUUUGAAGAGGAGGGUGCUUCUUUCCAUCACUGGCGUUCUCUUCUUUGGCAUCGUUUUCGUCUUGCUUGGAUGCAUCAUUCUCAAAGUCACCCGCAAACCAGCUGCUCCUGAUGAGAAACCAGACGAGGCCAACCUGUUUCUCACCAUGGCUCAGCUAAAAGACUGUUCUGACGCACCCUGUCCACUGGUCGAAUACAUCACUGAUGCGGAUGUGAACCCACCACCGAAAGAAGGAGAUGAGAAUGGCACAAUUUGCAGCGAAACAACACCAUUACCAAUAACCUCGCCAGAGGACAAAGCUGUGACGAGUGACAACCAUGACACCACAGAAAACAACGGCGGUCUGGUUUCCUUUCAGCAAUGAGUCGCUGAAGCUGUCGUUGCAUCAUUUUAGUGGACAACUAUAAACAAGUCAGCGCACUUGUUUCAGCCCUCUGUGGAUUUAAUGUCAUUACAAACCACAGAACAACAUUUUUGGAUAAGAGAGACUAUCUUGAUACUGUGCAAUCAUCACCACCGUCUCAAUCACUGCACAUCUAUUACUCAGCUCAAUAUGGUCUGUCACCUUGUUUACAUUUAAGUACAGCUGAGGAUCAUUAUGUUAUUUUAAGUAGUUUUAAAGGUCAACCAUUUUCGAACCCCUCCUGGUAAGACCUGUGUGGACAUGUGGAAACUUGUCUCAUCUGCAGUGCUGGAUAGAAUUUGUAAAAAUUAAUUAGGAUUCAUUCUUUGGACACCACAAAUACCAAAAUUAACAGGAAUUCAUUCCAUAGCUGUUGAGAUAUCACACUCUGGAGAUAGUUAGCGUCCAACUGUGUGUAAAUUUGUUCCAUACACAACAGGACUUGGCAGCCCAAACCUGUUCAGGAAUUGUACAUAUUUUAAUUCACAUCAUUUGACAGCACUGUCAAAUUUGAAACAUUAUUUGUGUGAUAAUCAUUAAUAAUUAUUGUAUGUACCGGUACUAUAAAUAUGUCAUUACCUGUAGGAGAGCUUAGUCCGAUCAGCCACAACAAUAAAGUCACCAGCCUGAUAUCACAUAGGUCCCCUUUAUGCUGAAAAAAUGGAUCUGACUCGCUGCAAUAUGGACCUGUAGCGGUGUCCUGUGGUGUCUGGCACUCGGAUGCUGGCAGCCUUUGUAGAUUGGGAUUAUUCUGGUGCAUCCCACAGAUGCUUGACUGGUUUGAAAUCUUGUCUUUCGGCUCUUUGUAGUGUUUCUGGAGCCAUACCCGAGCAGCUGUGCUUCGUUGCCCUCAUUCAAUGCCAUGUUAAGGUGGAUAGUAUGUGUAACAGUACAUCCACAUUAAAGCCAGAACCCAAGAUUCACCAGUAAUAGACUGCAUUGUAAUGGGAUGAGCAAUAUUAUUUACUUCAGCUGUCAGUGGUUUUAACGUUGUGGCUCACCGGUGCGUUCAGCCUCCAUCAGUUUUUCAGUUCUGUGUACAAACACCAGAUGUCAGUAAAUAUAACAUCUCCAAAGCUUAUUAACGCUGUAAAUGGUUCAGCAAUGAGUGUUACCGCUUUUAAAGUGACUGGUUGGAUAUUGUUUGAUAUAUUUAUCUAGAAAUGCAAGCAUUUUGUUUCUCUCUAUGAAAAAGUCAAAAUAAAAGUAUAAAUUGUA